AUGAUUGGUGGUCUGCGGUUUCAUUAUUCAAGAUUUUCACGAUCAAAAGCAACGUUAAUUAGUUCACAUAAGUUUUCAACAAAUGUUUCUAAUAUACCACUAUCAAACAUCCGUAAAUCAAGUCGAAAGUUUCAGGUUGGAGGAAGGAUAUUUCAAGAAAAAUUAUUAUUUUUUCACAAAACAAAAGAUAAAUCAGUAUUUACAAAUCAAUUGAGAUAUUAUGUAGUUCCAAAUACAAUAAAUAAUAUAACAGAAGUACCUACGUUACCCUCGGAUGUUUCAUCAAAUAAAAUUGGAGAUUUAAAGGCAAUGGGUCUUGUUCAUUAUACUCCCGUUGGUGCUAUUGAGACCUUAUUUGAAGCGAUCCACGUUUUAAUUGGCAUUCCAUGGUGGGGAACAAUAAUAGUUGGCACUCUCUUAGUUCGUGUGAUUUUAGUACCAUUUGCAAUUCAAUCAGCACGAUCUAAUGCCAAAAUGCAGAACCUUCACCCGAUGAUCAAAAAUACAAUAGAUGAAAUUAAUGAAGCAAAAAAACAUCACGAUCAUACUUUACUGAUGAAAAAAACCCAACAAUUGAGUGAAAUAUAUAAAAAACAUGAACUUAAACCGUUUAAAAGUAUCUCACUUAUGUUACUUCAAGCUCCUGUGAUGAUUAGUUGCUUCUUUGCAACAAAAAGAAUGGCUGAAUUUCCAGUAGAAGGUUUUAAAACUGGUGGAACUUUAUGGUUUAUGGAUCUUACCGCGAUGGACCCUUAUUAUGUCUUACCAAUUAUGUCAACGCUUGGCUUUUAUUCAAUUAUUGAAUUGACGACUAGCCAAUUGAAGACACAAAAUCUUAAAUUAAAAUGGGGUAUGCGCAUAAUAACAUUAGCGGCUGUACCAAUUACGGCUUUUUUACCUGCAUCUGUUCAAGUAUAUUUUAUCAGUACAGCAUCUUUCAGUUUUUUACAAUCUUAUUCUAUGAAUCAUCCAAAGGUCCGAGAAUAUUUAAAGAUACCAGCUAUAAUUCAAUCAAAAGAAUCACCAAGUGAUUCUAUGAAUCCUUUUACAGAACUUUUACAAAAUAUUACAAAUAAAGGAAAAAAUGACAACAAAUUAACAAAAGCAAGUGGCAAGAAGAUUAUUAAUACAGGGACACUUUCACAUGGUGAAAAUAAAGCAAGUG